CCUGGGGCAAGUACGUUUUCUAUACACUCAUGGGUCAGAGUCGUUGGACCUUUUGGAAUAAUAUAACAUUUUAGAUGACCAUGGAACUGAUGAAUCUCGUCUUAAGAACUUCUGUAUUUUUUUAUUUUAUGAAAAGCAGCGGAUAUGAUGCGUGAUGUGGUUCCGCAUUCGCAUCUAAUUGGAAGCACUACACUCGAGAUUACUUGUCUAUCCCAACAAAUUGUCGCCUGUAGCUCCAAGAAUAAUGAAUAAACACCUUUAAUAUAGUCGCUGCUAAAGCCAUGGAUGAACAACGCAAAAAGAAGCUGACUUAUUUCACGAUUGGACUUCUGUUCCUUCUAAGCGGAGUGGAAUAUGCUGUAAUAUUACCAACGAUAUGGAGAUACUUGCAGACUUUGGAUGCUGCUCCAUACUUCCUUGGUCUGUCUCUCUCAGCCUUCAGCUUUACUGGGCUCCUUUCAGGACCACUCUUUGGGCAUUGGUCCGACCGAACACGAACCACCAAGAAGAUCAUAUUGUUUGCCAAUCUUUUUGAGAUUGUGGGUAAUUUUAUGUACUUUAUGGGCCUUUCUAAGUGGCUCCUUUUGUCAAGUAGACUUGUAGCAGGCAUUGGCACUGGUGCUGGAUCUUCUAUCUUUGGAUUUUUAACAAGAAGCACUCUUCCUGAGAACCGGGCGUCUGUUUUUGCUGCUGUCAUGGCAUGUCGACAAGCUGGCCUUCUCAUUGGUCCAGCAUUUAACAUUUUCCUAAGGUUGUGUGAUUUCCGUUUGGGACCUUUUGUCGUCAACAAGUACACAGCACCUGGGCUCUUUAUGUGCGCACUGUGGACCUUACUUCAGCUGGCUAUUGUUUUCAUGUACUGGGACCUGCCGCCUUUGGAAAGAAGCAUUGCUAAAAACAGGCAAACAAACGGGAGCAGUGUCAGUGAGCAAGGAGCUGAAGAAGAUAAUGAAGACAACAAUGACGAGGCACAACCACUAAUGCACUCUCAGGAGGUCCACGGCUCUUAUGGCUCAGUGGUAACGCCUGACCAGUCUAGCAACCACAUCUGUGCCAACACAAAUCACAUCUCCCCACCUACGUCUCCUACAGCAGAGUCCCCGGAGUCGUCCAACCCCUUUAAAAACUUUAACUUAUCCCGGGAGUUCCUGAGAGAAGAGGUUGUUGUGUUGCUGGCAGCUCAGUUCAUUACCCUGUUUAAUCAGACUGCUUUAGAGACCAUGGUGACCCCGCUGACUCAGAAGUUCUUUGGCUAUGGCGAGCUGGAGAAUAGCAUCAUGUACUGCCUGUGUGGUGUGGAGGUGAUCGCAGGCUUCUUCUUUGUGCGCUGGCUGAGCGGGCGUGUAGCUGAGAGGGUGGUCCUGGCUGUGGGCCUCGUCAUCUGCAACAUCUCCAACGUGUGGUGCCUCAUCUUCUUGGCCUCCCCACUAGGAGACUUUCCAUGGAAGCUGACUGAGUUCAUCAUUGGGGUGUUUCUUCAGGUUUUGGGUUUGCCAUUUGUGGCUGUGGCCCAAGUCUCACUGUAUUCCAAAGUUACUGCAGAGAAAACACAAGGAUUCAGUCAAGGAGUGCGUCGCUCAGUGGGGGGUCUUGCCACCAUCCUGGGACCUCUCUGGGCUGGAGGUCUGACCGACAAUAUGUACGUCAUGUUGGGAGUCAUGACGGGUCUUCUUGUUCUUUUAUCGGUCAUGCUGGUUUUCUCCUACAACCGUCUGGUUGAACCUGCUGCUGAGGACCAAAAUAACACAUCAGAAGACUGCUGAGUUUGUUCACUGAGACUGUGAAGGAAAGUGCACAUCCCCUCACACAUUUAUAAACACGUAUAUGUAUGUUUCCCAUGGAAAUGUGGACUCUACAUGUCAUUUCACAUGUUUAGUGUUUUGUUUUUUUAUACUGGCUGUCAGUAAAGUGUGACACU